AUGCAAACGCGCCAAACCAUUACCAUUGUUACGUCUCCCUCGGUCAAUACUAGGGCCCUUCCACCCAUUGGUGGGCUCACAUCUCCUACUGCAACGAAAGGGCCUGUCUACCGGGUUGAAGAACGAAGCAGAACAAUCUAUGUCUCUUCUGACGUUGACCCAUCUCAAUGGGAUACCCAUAGCUUGAAUACCAUGUUCACCCUAGCAGAAACCUCUGAAAAUGGCCAAGAAGGCACUACAGAGCCCAUCCGUCGGACCCAUUCUUACGUCGACAGUCAUAUCAUCAUUACCGAAGAUGUUCCUGAUCAGGUUGACGAGCCACGGAUAACUUCGCCUAGAGUGAGCGUGUAUCGCUCUCGUCGACCAGUUAUAAGGGGUGCGGGAACGCUCUCUCCCCCUCUUCCUGAAAUUCCAAAACGCUCUUCGCCUGUCAAGACUUCACCCGCUCGUCAGCGUAUCCUGUUUUACCACAAGCAUGACCCACACUAUGGCUUCACGAACUUUUCCCCUCAUCCUGUUAUCUAUAACGGGAAGAAGUACCCUACCAGCGAACACCUCUUUCAAUCCUUCAAGUUCCAACAGCACCGACCAAACCUCGCUGAGCAUAUCCGAACAUGUUCGGAGCGACCAAGUGUUGCAUUUUCUGAAGCUCGUCGCUUCCAACCUGAAGUGAGACCUGACUGGAAGCAAGUGAAUAUAGAAAAGAUGGAUGAAACAUUAUUUUAUAAAUUUACCCAGCACGCCGAUUUGCAGGCGGAACUGUUGGCGACGGGCGACGCAGAGCUUAUUGAGGAUUCGGACAAAGAUGCCUUCUGGGGCGUAGGAGCUGACAGAAAGGGCCGAAAUGAACUCGGGAAAUGCCUAGAGAGGUUGAGGGCGAAACUCCGUGGCAACGGAUGUUAG